AUGGGUUCGCUCGCUGGCCAGACGAGCUCAUCUCCGGACAUGGCCCGUCCGCCGCCUCUCGUGACUGCCGCAGACGAUGGCGAGGCAGAAUAUCGCGCUCAAGUGCUGCGGCUGUCGUCGCAACGGUCAGAAGCAGACGUGGAGGAGGAACUGGUCGCAAAGGCAACCGCCCUGGGUAUUCCCACGUCCCGAUUUGCACACGAUAAGCGCAAUACCUCGAGCGCGGAAUCGCAGACUUCGACCAUCGCGACGCAACAUGUCCGAACGUUUUCAAAUGCCUCGCGGGAUUCGGCCAGCACAACCUUGACGUCUCAUCCGUCUUUACAUGCGGUUCCGAUUGCCGCCGAUGUCCCUCCACAGUCUCUCGCCAGGAAACGCUCCAAAAGCCUCAGUUUCUCUCAUUACGACAAGUAUCUGUCGCAAAUAGACCCCAACAUACACCAACCAAAGAUCCAAAAGGCACCUCCAGCAAUACCACACGAUACAACCGCACACAGCCUCUUCAGCGUGACUUCAAGAAGAAGCUACUUUAGCAUCAAAGAGGGCAUUAGGAAAAUACGAUGGAAGCGCAAGUCUGGCUUGCUAGAAUCCACAAUUUCGUGCAUAUGUUGUCGCAAUGACUUCAACAAGUCGAAUGCCUUGCACAGCUUGCCUUGUGGCCACACGUACUGUGCCGAGUGUCUCAGUAUCAUGAUUCAGCAAGCUACGACGGACGAGUCCAAGAUGCCGCCUCGAUGCUGCACACAGCCGAUUCCGGGUUCCAUUAUUCAGAAAAUACUCAACCGAGAGGAGCAGCAUGCCUUUCUGAAGGCUGUUUUGCAAUUCAGCACGCCUUGGGAAGCUAGAAUCUUUUGCCCAAAUAUGGCCUGUGGUGAAUUCAUCCCUCCUCGCAACCGGGUUGACCCGAAACAUCCUUUCGACGUGGUGUGCCGCAAAGAUUGCCCUUCCGAUUGGGAACUGGAGGCUGUUCUCAAGAUGGGCGAGAAGUCCGGCUGGCGACGAUGCUACAAGUGCCGAACACUAGUCGAGUUGAGUCAGGGCUGCACACAUAUGACUUGCAGAUGCAAAGCUCAAUUUUGCUACAUCUGUGGCGCCAUCUGGGAUCCGUCCGUCGGUUGUCCCAACUUCUGCAACGGAGACGAAGAGUUGGAGCGCAGGAGAAUGGAGGAAGAGGCCAGGGAAGCUGAACUCGAAGCGGAAAAGGUUGCGCAAGAAGCAGCGGCAGCCGCCGAAGCUGCCGAAAAGGUCGAGGCGGAGAAGCGGACUCGCGAGAACGCGCAGUUCUCCACGCUGCAAGGCGAUAUGAACGAAGAACUGGAUCGAUUCCGGGUGUAUCUGAGGAAGAAGAAAUGGGUCAUGUGGACGCGGCAUGCCGAGAAGAAGCAGGCCUUGACCGACCGAUACUCAGAUCAGAUCGAAAAGAUGAAAGAGCGUCACGCGAAAACGGCUGCUCACCUGGAAGAACGUCAGAUUGAGGCUGAGAUGGAUCUACGGUCAACGCUUGACCAGAGCGAGAAGAGCGUCAAGAUCCGCCUCAAGCACAUGGAGGCAUACUGCGAUGGGCUUGGUCGUACACAGAAUGCCGACCUGCCACCACGAGUAGUCACGGAGAGGGACUUACGUCUGCUGGGACAACAGUACAAUGUGCGAGACGGCAUGGAGCGUUUGCAUCAAGCCAAAAUCAACGUUUUGCGAGACCGGCAGGCCAAGCGCAUGGAGGAGCUAUUGGAACGACAGGAGCAAGAACUCGAGAAACUGACCGACAAGAAAGAGCAGGACAUAGAGAAUCUGGCAACGGAUUUUGCGCAAGAAGAAGAUACCCUGGUCAAGAUUUUUAAUGACCGCAGGCAGAGACUGCAACGACGUUGGUUGAUUGCAAUCGAAAUACUCCGAAAAGAAUUGGAGGAGCAGACUGGCGAGCAGUACGCGUCCCUCGACCUACCAGCAUGGCCCGACGACACCGAGACGCAGGAUGAGAUCCUAGCAUCACUUCCCGAGUCUACCUCAAGCAGGGACUAA